CCUUUUGCCUUGUAUGUUUUAUUCUACACUGUAUGUGACUGUGCGUACUUACUGUCUGAACGAAAGAGGAACAUGUACCGCGUUUUCACGUCUUUUAACAUUAAACCAGAUUAAACGUCUUAGAAGUAAGACAUGACGUAAUGAUUUUCACGUCGUACGUUAGUUUGAAUCAGCGCUUUAACGGUCGACGUUGCAGUUUUCUGUCACUAUGUUAGUUAGCUUAGCUACCAGUGUUUACUAGCUAGCAUGACAGCUCGAGACGUUUCUCUCUGACGCGACAAACAUGGACUAAUUAUUUCGACUUAGUCAUUUCUAUCAGCGUUAUUAAUUGCUCAGACGCUAUGAGGAUAUAUAGACGUUCGUCUCAGAUAGCAUUUUGUGACUAAAAUAAUUAUAGCCAGUUGUUAUAAAGUGGUUUAUGAGAGGCGUUGAGAAGAGAGACCAGGUACAGUUGUGUCAGAACCCUGAGCCAAGAUCUCGUCCCUUGUUCCAGCCUGCUGAAGCAUGCUGCAAAAAUGCAGUCUGUAAGCACAAGAGAUGCUGGUGUGUGGGAACAAACCAGGAGCCUGCUCUACAAAAACCUCCUCAUCAAAUGGAGAACCAAGCAACAAAGUCUGCAGGAGCUGAUCCUUCCUCUGCUCCUAUUGGGCCUUCUCAUCCUCAUCAGUAUGCUGAACCCCCAUAUCUCUUAUGCCAGCAUCAGUACUACUGACCUUGAGGAUGAGGAGUAUGUGUCAUUUAAAGGCCUGGGCUACACCCCUGUAACAAAUGUCACAAGUCAGAUUAUGGAGGAGGUGGCACAAGAGCUACAUAUGCAAGAUCGAUUGGAGAUGUUCUCGAGUGAAGAAGAUCUGGAAAACGCCAGUCUGUAUGAGCCACUUAGCUAUGUGGGUGUGGUGUUCCUUGAUAAAAUGUCCUACCAGCUACGUUUCCCAUACUACCAGGUUCCCCUUCCUAGUGACUUCACUGAGUCAAUUGCAAACUGUUAUGCCAAUUAUUUAAACUGCCGUGCAGCAAACUACUGGUACUCUGGGUUCGUACGCCUACAGUCACUGAUUGACGCUGCUAUUAUCCAGAUGCAGACUAAACGUUCAGCAUGGAGAGAGCUGAAUGUACGUGUAGUAAUGAUGGGUCACCCAGGCUCAGUGGAGGUCCAGAAGUUUCCCCAUGCUCUCAUCUCCAUCUAUCUAGUGCUCGCCUUCACUCCAUUUGUCUCCUUCCUCAUUGUCAAUGUAGCAGCUGAAAAAGAGCAUAGACUCAAAGACACCAUGAGCAUGAUGGGACUCUAUGACACAGCAUUCUGGCUGUCAUGGGGUCUUCUUUAUGCUGCCCUGGUGACCACAAUGUCUGUUCUUAUGGCUGUUAUUGCCACAUGGACUCCUCUCUUCUCCAACAGCAAUUUCCUUAUCAUCUUCCUGCUUAUUUUCCUCUAUGGAAUAUCCACUAUCUUCUUCUCCUUCAUGCUGACUCCUUUGUUUAAGAAACCCAAGUUUGCAAGUACAGUGGGCUCCAUGCUGACCCUGGUGUUUGGCUCUCUGUCUCUGUUUACUGUGCUGAUGAGGGACUUUCCCCAGCUGGCUGUCUGGCUCCUCUGCCUGCUUUCCCCCAGUGCCUUCUCAAUUGGUAUUGCACAGGUGGUGUAUCUGGAGGCACAGGAGGAUGGGGCAGUCUUCUCCACUCUGGCUAAUGGCCCUCAUCCACUCUAUGUGCCACUGCUUAUGCUUUGCUUGGACUGUAUCCUCUAUCUGUUGAUUGCCAUUUACUUAGAGCAGGUUCUGCCAGGUGAGUUUGGAAUGCGACGCUCUAUGAUCUUUUUUCUGAAGCCUUCUUAUUGGUCGAGACGCAGAAAGCGCUAUGUGGAAGUGAGCUCUGUGUAUGAAGCUGAGGUGAAUGGAACUCUUACAACUGAUGAAUCAGUAGAGCCUGUUUCUCCUGAAUUUAGAGGCAAAGAAGCUAUCAGGAUCUGUAACAUCCGUAAAACCUAUAAAGGGAAAGAUAACACAGUGGAAGCACUGAGAGGUUUGACUUUUGACAUCUAUGAAGGCCAAAUAACAGCUCUGUUGGGUCACAGUGGUGCAGGAAAAUCUACCCUCAUGAACAUCCUGUGUGGCAUUUGUCCUCCAACAGAAGGCUCUGCUACCAUAUAUGGCUCCCCUGUGGCAGAAAUAGCAGAUGGUUCUGAGAUGAAACAGCUUGUGGGGAUCUGCCCUCAGUUCAACAUCAUCUUUGAUGUGCUGACUGUAGAGGAGCACCUGAAGAUUUUUGCAGCAAUUAAAGGAAUUCUGCCCUCUGACAUUGAUAAUGAGGUUAAGAAGGUUUUGAAGGCUCUAGACCUGGAGAAGAUCAUGGAUGCACCGGCCAAGAACCUGAGUGGAGGUCAGAAGAGGAAGCUCUCUGUUGGCAUUGCAAUUCUAGGAGAUCCCAAGAUUCUGCUUCUGGAUGAACCUACAGCUGGUAUGGACCCAGUAUCACGUCACCAGGUGUGGUCAUUACUGAAGAGUCGCAGAGCAGGCAGAGUUACUGUCCUUAGCACACACUAUAUGGAUGAAGCGGACAUACUUGCAGAUCGUAAGGCAGUUAUCUCUCAAGGCCAGCUGAAAUGUGUGGGUUCUUCUCUCUACCUCAAAACCAAGUGUGGUGUUGGUUACCACCUCAGGAUGUCUGUGACUGAAACCUGUGAGGUAGGCAGCCUCACAUCACUGGUCAAACAGCAUGUUUCGAAGGCUGAGUUGUCAAGGCAACAAGAAGCUGAACUCACAUUCACGUUGCCUUUUGAGAGCAUGGAAACAUUUCCAGGGCUUUUUGCCAAGCUGGACAGUAGAUCUGACUUGGGCAUCAUUAACUAUGGUGUUUCCAUGACAACAUUAGAAGAUGUCUUUCUGCGUUUGGAGGCGGAAGCAGAAGUGGACCAGGCAGACUACAGUGUGUUUAACCAGGAGAAGGUAGAAGAAGGUGGUGACGCCUCCUGUCUGGAAGACGUAGACCAGAGGCUGCUGACCUUCUCAGAGAGCAGGCAUGAUGCGGUGACCGGCCACACCCUUUGGAGGCAGCAGUUUAGCACAGUGGCCUGGCUCCAUAUGCUCAAUCUGCAGCGGGAGAAGAAACCCAUCAUAUACAAUGUGACUUUGUUCCUGGUCUUCUUGACUUCAGUGCUGGUUCUGUCACUGGCUACAGGGAAUAUUCAGAUCCACUCCCCUGAGAGACAUUUCCAGCCUAUUUAUCUGCUCCGAAGCCAUGAAGCACCUCGCAAAUAUGCCACCAGCCUGCUUGUGCUUAACUCUUCUGACUCUGAUGUGUCAGGCUUCAUUCAUAACCUGGAGUCUCAGGACAUUAAGGUGGAAAUAAUGAAGAAACCGGACUACAUGUCUGCUGCACCUCACAGUGCUGCCAUCAAUGUCACGGGUUCCAGUAAGGGUUUCAGUUACGUUGUAGCCUUUAACAGUACCACAGUGCACUCUUUGCCAAUGGCAGUGAAUGUACUGAGCAAUGCCAUCCUUAGAGGCUACAAUGGUACCGGCCAAAUAAACACCUGGACCAAACCCUUUGACUAUCAAAUUCCAGAUUCAACAUCCUAUGCUCUAGUUUAUAUAGAGGCUGUGAUACUGGGUAUGUUGGCAGCUGGAAUGCCAGCCUAUUUUGCAAUGGACCAUACACGAGAUCGAGAGAUUAAGUGUCGGUCAACACUGAGGAUCUCUGGUUUGGUGCCGUCAGCAUACUGGUGUGGGCAGGCAGCUGUAGAUAUCCCUUUCUACUACCUCAUCCUCAUCUGUAUGACUUGCACAUUGUUUGCCUUUCACUCCACAGAUCUGCUUUCCAACAGCAAUGUCUUGGCUGUGAUUAUUUGUCUUAUUGGUUUCUGCCCAGCCACGAUCCUCUUCACAUAUUGUGUGUCAUUCAUGUUUACUAAAGUCCAGAGCAACAGAGACUUUUUCUCCGUCGUUUCUAUGAUGGUUUGUGUAGUGUCUGCUUCAGUAGUCCAGCUCGUCUUUGUGAAUGAUAGUCCUGGACUAACACGUUUCCUACAUAAUGUGCUAUGUUUCUUCAACCCGUUGUAUCCACUGAUGGGCUGCCUCAACUGCAUUACCAAGGCUACGUUCCUACGACCUUUCCAUGAGGAGUUCCUUUGGAAGAAUCUACUGAUUGCUGUUAUUGCUCCUUACUUCCAGUGCAUUUUGCUGCUCUUCUUGCUGCGAUGGCUAGAGAUCCGCUAUGGGGGACAAAAUAUGAAAAAUGACCAGCUGUGCAGGAUUUCAUGUAAAGCCAAGGGCAAAGUGCAGCGGAACCCAGAGGAGAUUAUUAAUGAGGAUGAGGAUGUUAUGGUGGAGAAGGCUAGAGUGAGGGAGGCCCUCACCUGUCAGUGCUGUGAGGAGAAACCAGUGGUAGUGGUGAGUAAUCUGAGGAAGGAGUACUUAGUGAAGAAAGAGGGCUUCUCCUUUAGUAAAAAGAGAAAAGUGGCUGCCAAGAACAUCUCCUUCUGUGUGAGGAAAGGUGAGGUCCUGGGGCUUCUGGGACCUAAUGGAGCAGGGAAGAGCACAAUCAUGCACAUGCUCUCUGGAGACACGACGUCCACUGCAGGACAAAUUUUGAUGGGAGACUAUGGGACAGAGUUCAGGCCAGUGGAUAACCCACUUGAGCAUGUAGGUUACUGCCCCCAGGUCAACCCACUGUGGCCUAGGAUCACCUUACAAGAGCACCUCCAGAUCUAUGCUGCAAUUAAGGGUUUACACCACAAUGAUGUACCAAACAUCAUCAGACGUGUGGUUAAUGCACUGGAGUUAAAGGACCACCUACAUAAACAGGCUAAAAGUCUGUCUGCAGGCCUUAAGAGGAAGUUGUGUUUUGCACUAAGCAUGCUGGGGAACCCUCAGAUUGUGCUCCUAGAUGAACCUUCAUCUGGGAUGGACCCCAAGUCUAAGCAGCGUAUGUGGAGAGCGAUGCGUGUGGCCUUUAAAAACAAACAGCGUGGCGCUAUCUUGACAACACACUAUAUGGAGGAGGCAGAAGCUGUGUGUGACCGAGUGGCCAUCAUGGUUUCUGGCCAAUUACGGUGCAUUGGUUCAAUACAGCACCUAAAGGGUAAAUAUGGCCGAGGUUACAGUCUGGAGAUUAAACUCAGAGAAGAGCUCACAGGCCUCCAGCAGGUGGCACUACUACACAAGGAGAUACUAAGGAUUUUUCCUCACGCUGCACGGCAGGAGAGUUUUGCCACAUUGAUGGUUUAUAAGAUUCCAAUGGAGGAUGUUCAGUCGCUAGCCAAGGCUUUCUCUCAGUUAGAGACUGCUAAGCAAAACUUCACUUUUGAAGAAUACAACUUUUCCCAGUCUACCUUGGAGCAGGUUUUCAUGGAAUUCGCUAAAGAGCAGGAGAAUGAGGAGGAGGAAGUGGGUUCCCUCAGCACAACCUUCCAGUGGCAGCGGCUUCCACAAGAUGGCAGAGCAUCUGUCAAUCAAUCUGAUAGCAUUGUCUACCAGUUGUAAGCCAGCCCUUUCAGCCUUUUGUCUCCCCCUAACAUCUCUCUGCCUGUGCGUCACACCGCAGAUAGAUGGUACUCCAAUACGUGGUGCCACUGCCAUGAGGGUUUAUUGAUCCAUGCAGUUGGCACAGGCACUAACUCAACCAGCAUGACUGCAUUAUUCACAUCACAUAUCACUGCUGAAUCCUAAGCUUGUGCUUAGUAUUUGUUUUUCUUUUUGAGACGGAGAGAUUUAAUUUUUGAAUUCUCACCCACGUACUUAUUUUAUUUUUUGGCCUUUGAGAACAGGUUUAUAACUUGUUCACUUGUGUCUUGAGCUUAUCUAUUAACUGCUGGGUGAUGUCAUGCGUGUUGAAUCAAUCAAAAUGUAGGCAAACAAUGAAUCAUUUUCUCACAUCAACACUAAAAAGGUGCUUUUAGUUUUUGUAGCAAGAUCUAUACUUUAGAUCUAUUGUGUAUAUAUUUUUGUAUAUACUUUGUUCUUGGGGAUCUAAUGCAUAUGCUUGAACCUUCACAAGCACAGCGGGGCCGUGAAGUUUGGCACUUUUUUCAUCUGUCUUAGCCUUGAAGGUGUUUUCUCUGGCUUUGUCAGUGUGACAGUACUGCUGAGACAAACCAGCAUGUGGAGACUUUGUUUCACAACCCCACCAUGAGGCAUGAGGAGUGUCCUCUGUCCCUGCUGCACCAGAGCACUCCUUUUCCAAUACCAGCACGCGCUUCAGACCCUCAGAGCAUUCAGCUGCCCAAAGACUGCCAUGUGAACAGUAGGCAUAGACCUGUACACAUCAACACAUCUAUAUAAUUACUGAAUGGCAAAUGAUUCACAAAGAUACAACCUUUUUUCUUCCUUCAGUGUUUUUCUCGUUUGGUGGUGUGUUUUUUUUUUUUUUUUUGUUGUUGUUGUUUUGUUUACAUUUCCUUCCGGCCUUCCUUACACCUUCCUGUUCCUGCAUAAAUGUUAUAAAUGAUUGAACAUAGAAUGUAGUUGCCCAUGCACUCCACUCACAUGCAUGUAGCACUCCAGAUUUAUCAGAAUUGAAAACAUGGCCUAGAGGUGGUGGGGGAAGCUUUGAAGUCAGAAGACUCUCUUCCUUUCCUGUUUUAAUUAUUAAACAUUUAUUUCUCACCAAGUCCUUGAACGCAUGAUGGGACAAUUAUGUGUGUUAUUGAAAAAUGGGAUUGUGACAGUUGUUUUAUCCUACAUUUGUAGCAAAGAUUAAGAGCUUUAUGGGGGGAGAAUUAACUUUUUAAUGGAUGGAGUUUAUUUUCACACAUUCCAAUUGUAUUUGUGUUUAAAUUUAUUUUCCCCUUUUGGAAGAACAGUAGUAUUCAGUAUUUAACAUUAUUACUAUUAACAUUGUUGAUGAAAGGUGUUCUCUGGUUGUUGCUUCUUUGCACACAGAAUAACAUACAAAUUCAACCACCAUCUAAAACGAACGAGUUUGGUUAUAUUUACUGCAAUUGUAACAUGUACAGUAGAAUGAGCUAAUGAAAUAAUUGCAAGUAUGGAGUUUAGAGUUUGCAAUAAAGCACUUCUAAGUUUAUGUCCAUAUGUUUCUUCAUGUAGUUCGUUAUAGAGAGAUAUCUACAGGUUUCAGAUAUGUCAAAGAAGUGCAGUUCAAAGUUUGUGGUGGAAGAAGCAUAAUUCUUAUAGUUAGCUCUUCUCAUUAAGGGAUUUUCUGCAUAUCAAUGCUCGUUUGCAUUUUCCCGAUUGGAGGAUGGAUGCAUGAAAUGCUCCAAUGAAAGAUGCUAUUUAUAAUUUUUCUUGGCCAAAAUGAGUUAUUCGCAUCAGUUACUCAGUAACUCAACACCUUUAAUCCUGUCAAAGAGUGGCUGUUUUGCCUUGUUCGACUGUCCAUAAAAGAUUUGCAAAGAUAUUGCAGGAUUUGUCUACAUCAAAAGUCUGUUCUGGUGUCUUUUAGUGGCAUAUUUCAAUAUUUACAUGUACAUAUUUCAAUGUUCAUCUCUUCUACUGCACAAUUAAAACCUUUUAGUCCCUGAAUAUAAAAUGAGGGAAGUAUUCAGCUCAAACCCAGUCCUAAAAAAAUUCAUUCAUGGUAAUACAUUUGUGUAUGUCUACAAUAGUUAAUAAUUAUUUUUAUUUAGGUGUUUUGAGGGCUUUUGAAAUAUUUGGCAUAUUUAUUCCUCACUAAAUUCUCCUCCUGUCCAAAGGCAAAUGGCCAUCAUUAAGUACUAACAUUUUUAUUUGGAAGAGGAAUCUCGUUUAAAUGUAUUUAAAGAUUCCAUUGGCGUCGAGAGCAAUGCACUAACAUUAGCAGUGAGACGAGGUGAUACGAAAGCCGAGCUGUGUUUGUAAUCAUUCUGCAAACCAUCUGGAUGUGAAUUUAGUGGAGAUGGUUAUAAUGGUUCUACUUAUGGCACCACUACUUCUGUUUGUGUAUUGAUAAAGUGGCAAGUUGCUAUUUUUUACUAAAUAAGCUUUAUUUUUGCACAUAUGUAGCCUCUUAUACUGGUAUGGCUGAACAACUGGAUGAUGUUGCUUCUCUUUUCUUAGGGUUUGGGGUUUGUUUAAUAAAAUCUACCUUGGUUAAUUAUACUCAUUUCUACCAAAGUGCAAUACAGGAAAACAGUUUUGUGUGUAGUCAUAGCCUUCUGUAAAUUAUGUGUCACACCUAACCGCAAUAUCAGUGUCUAUUUUGUCACCUCAAAAGUGUCUUGCAGUAAAAUGUAGCCACCAAUAUGUAACCUUGUAGAAUCCGUUUGCUUUGUACUCUCUUUAUUUAGUGCCCAGAUACUGAAACACUAAAAAAAAAAUGUUAUUCAAAUUUAAAUAUAGAUUGAAUUUAAGCAAAAAGUUCAUUCACCUGCUGAAGUGGUUAUUUUAAUAUAUGUUCACAGGGUUUUGUUGCCUUGCUAUUUUUGUUUCUAGUAUUUCAUGCCGUUUCACAUUUCUGUAUAUACUAUUUGAUCAUUUAAAACACAUCUUAGAAUUCUCACACUCGACUGUGAUUUUAGUUGAAUCACCUCAGGACGUUGGAGAUUUUUAAUUUUUUUUUUUUUUCUCUUUGAAAUUGAUUUUGCUGUAUUAUGCAACCUUUUGAAGACGUGUGCACUAAUUUUUGAGAAAUUUUGUGUGUGAUGUGAUCUGUUCUUGUUAUGCAUUUGAGUUGCGUACAGUUCAUUUUUUGUUAAAAGACAUUUAACCCACAGAAAUAAAAUUAAAAACAUGUGAAAACUCCA